AUGUUAUCUAGGAGUAUUCUUACCUGUUUCACUGCAGCAUCCAGGCAUAAUGGUAUUUUACCAACCCGGAAGUUGCGUCUCUGUUUCAGUCGUGUGGAUCUGAAAAGACGGACAUUUACGCGGAGUAUUCGACCAUAUAGCAUUUCGUGCUACGAUGUGACCUCUGACACAAUAUAUGCUUUAGCGUCCGGUCAUGGUAAAUGUGGUAUUGCAGUUAUCCGCUUGUCCGGGCCAUCUGCUUCAUUAGUUUUAAAAGAACUCACUGGUCGGAAACAACUACCAAUACCACGACAAGCUUCCAUCAGGAGAUUGCAUGAUUCCGUUUCUGGCGAACAUGUCGAUCGAGCUUUACUGUUAUGGUUUCCGGGUCCAAAUAGCUUCACAGGAGAGGAUGUUUGUGAAUUCCACAUUCAUGGUGGAAUAGCAGUCAUUAGUGCCUUGUAUCAUGCAUUGGAUAAUAUACCUGGAGUGAGACCUGCAGAACCUGGAGAAUUUACUAAAAGGGCUUUCCUGAAUGGUAAAUUAGAUUUGACUGAGGUUGAAGGGCUGGGUGACUUGAUUCAUGCAGAGACGGAAGCACAAAGAAAACAGGCACUCCGACAGAUGGAGGGAGAACUCAGCAAAUUAUAUAAAGAUUGGAAAGAUAGAUUGGUAAAGUGCGCAGCUAACAUAGAAGCCUAUAUAGAUUUCAGUGAAGAUGAUAACAUAGAGGAUGGAGUGUUGGAGGACGCAAAUAAUUCUGUUAAAUUGGUAAAAGAUGAAAUUAGUGAACAUCUUUCAGACAACAGAAGAGGUGAAAUGCUACGUAGUGGUGUUCAUGUUGCCAUAGCUGGUCCACCUAAUGCAGGCAAAAGUAGUCUCUUCAAUGCUAUAUGUGAGUAG